CUGAUUGGAUGAUAUUUAUAUGUUUGAUGUGCUACAUAACUACACUACACCAUCCUCAAGGACCAACACUCUCUGUCAUCAUUGUACGACCAUCAUGUGUGGGGAAAACCCAGUGUCGAUGCUAUACAUCACGGACAUUAUGGACUCGUAAAAAUUCCUCCUAUCAGUAUUUUGUGUCGAUGUUUUGUCUGGGUUAGCAGCCUGAUAAAGUCACCAUCAGUGCAUGUGACAUUUUAAAAUGGACUAAGCAUACAUGUAUGUUACAUGAUCUACCAACCUUAAAAUUUAGUAGGCAACACGGACGCUCUUUGCUAUGGAAGGUUCGUUUCAAAGUGGAUAUGCCCAGAUCAUCAUCAAAUGAACAUUGCCAGAUUGUAUUCCUUUCUGUAACCCGCAAUUUGACUGACUCUCAAGAGAUUCCAAAAGGGCAAACAGCACACAAGAACACAAAGAACGUCAAACAAAGAACUUCUCACAGUAGAGCUCGUACAUGGCAACAAGGCAUUUGCAUCUAAAUCUUCUGAUACGCAAUCUAUCUUCCACAUCGGAGUCUUAAACGGAAGGAUACAUAUGUUGCUACAGCUGAGUUAUUUAUUGGACAAGCAACAACAAUGUCUGCGGAUGCAUGUAGGUCUUUAUAGAUAUUCCUGUCAACUUCACAUCAUUGAGCUACAGAACUGCUGCCUUUAAUGUACACUGAUUAGCAUGCGGAACUACAUGUAAAUUCGUUCAUAAUUCUUCAUAUUAUCCUCCAGGAACCUGUACUUGAUCACGUUGCUGAACGACUGAUUAUUCUAGGAAUUUAUACUUUUUCUUUGAAGACUGUUGGUGAACAUUCUGUGACUUGUUGUUUAGCAUCUACGUUCAAAUACAAGUCACCAUGUUCAAGCUUGACCAGGUGACAGCUACAUUUAUAAUCACAACAUGUUUAAUGUUUGUUAUCACACUGUUGAAUGUACAUACAUGCGAGUGUAAGCAUAUUUAUUCAGUGAAAGGAAAAAGUGCUCAAUUAAAUUUCCCAUUUCCAUGUGACAGUACGGAAGUUACAUUACAACAAUCAGUCGAUCCCCCAUUUUUUCGCUUCGCAGAUGGGUUCGUACUUUCAAUGCCACAAUCUGAAUCAAACCGAUUCAAAGUUCAAAUUAGCGUCGAAAAUGGAAACUGUUCUUUGGACCUUACAAUAAGUAAUUUAAGGUAUAUAGAUGAAGGUAUAUAUCUUUCUACUAUAUACAUGGAUGGGCAACUACUUGAUGAACUCACAACAAGAAUUUGGCUACGAGUGGACUAUCCUCCUGAUAAGGCAUCGUGUGUGGAAGUACAAGAUAAAGGGGGAGACUGGGUUUCGAUAGAUUGUACUGCUAUUAUUGGGAAUCUCGCAGGGAAGAUUGAAUGCUAUCAAAAUGGUCAAAAAGUGACACCACUGAGCCAUCCCGUUGAAAACGACUCUUCUGUGACAGAAAGCUUUCUCAUAAGAAAAUCACAGCCAGCAUUCUGCUGUUCGUCUACUUUAAAUGAAUACACAGAUAGAUGUGAGUGUAAUGAUGAUGCUCUGAAUCUAGCUGAUGGUGAUAGCAAUGACCCUUGUCCUCCUUCAUCAAUAAUUACAACAAGGCCUCUUAUUUCCAUCGUCACAGAAAAUAAUCAAGCUGAUUCCAUUGGAGUGUCAUACACCCCCAUCAAUAUGAAAGAGUACAACAAAUGCAACGAAUGCGUGAUCAUUCAAUCAGUUCAUUUUUCUAUUGAAGUUGUACUGUUCUUAUUGGGUGUAUGUGUUUGGUAUAGAAAGAGAGCAAAGACCACACGUAAUCAUCAAGUAAUGAUCGGAAUGCACGUUCAUGGGGACGGGGAAAGUAAAGAUGGAGUUGACCCCUUUCUCCCUCAAUGCAUGGGCAUAUCUGCGUCUAACUGUGAGUGUGAAAGCACCACCUUGCCAGGAAGCGGUGUUUUGGUGGAAAGUAAUAAAAGCGAGAAAGAGAUUACAGUAAAAAAAGAAUACUAAGACAAAGAAUAACAUAAGGAAAGGUAAUAAACAAAGAAUGCAUAAGGAAAGAAAAAAGACGUUAUGAUGGAAGGAUGGAUAUAGAGAAAAAUUUAGAAAAUAAUCCUAUUUAAGCAGUUUAGCAGAUGAUAUAACGCUGACGGAAAUCCUUUUUGGUUUAAUAGGGAGAGAGAAUUUCGACGAUCGCUGAUGCUUUCUAUUCUAUCUACUGUAUAUCCAUUUGAGUUCUUCUUUGAUUUAUUUUUGUUACAUGGAUAUAAACGUCUGUUUUUUGGUAUUAAGUUUAUGUUGAAUGUAAGGGAAAGAUGGAGAUAGAGGAGGAAGGAGAAAUAAAACAAAUAUAAAGAAGUACAUGAAGAAGAAUAGAGGUGAGAUGCAAGGAGAAAGAU